GUGACCCCGUGACCACGCCGCCAAAAGCUAAACAACAUCGUAAUGUGAACUUUUGAUGAUUCAAAUCCAUAAUAUUUCCUCGAAUUUCCCUCUAUUUUAGUUGAAACUCUUCAUAUCUCUAGUCUACAAAUUUCUAUUCAAAAUGGCUGGACAACUGUUCUCAAUUCGUCGUUUCUAAGAAGCAAGUUGGAAAUUCCGAUACAUCCAUUCAAGCGUGGAAGUCAGGGUCCCAAACAAAGAUAGUUUUAGUCACAGACCGGAAAACCAAAUGCUGCAACAGGCAUAAUGUCGUCCCCUUUGGCGGGAAGCGACUCUACCGCGCUAGCAGGGUCCAGGCCUAGGCAGUCCGUACAUAUUUAUAACCCAACUGAUGUGGUUCGUACAGGAUAUCUAUGGAAGACAGGACCGGCAGGUCAUACGGGAAGAUCCAAGUCCAGAUACUUCGUGCUUACGAAGAGUUCCCUGGACAAUUAUAGGAAUCGUGAUUGCGACAAGCUGAAGGGUAGCAUUCCCCUGGUGGCUGUGGAGAAUGUUACUGUUUGUAAUGACAGCAACAGGUCUAUGUGUAUCACUGGGCCCUUCAAACACCCAAUGGUCCUACAAGCACUCUCAUGUGAUGAGUGUCAGCAGUGGGUCACAGACAUCAGUCAAGGUAUUCAGCGCUGGAGGCUUGAUUCAGAACUUGACUCUAGUGUACCCCAGGGCCUUGAUGACGUUGCAGCAUCAGAAAAGAACGCUCAAGACAGAGAGAGUAAAAUUUUAAUGUAUCCAACUUUAUCGAAACCUCAAGCUAAAGAGUGGAUCGUAUUCUCAGCGGCGAAUGAGGUUCACCAGGAAUUUGCAAUGAUCAAGUAUGCACGAGGCGGGAAGGCAAUCCCACAUGAGAGAGUCUUUAGACUUGACAAUGAAAACCUGCACAUCAUGUGGAAGAAACGGGGGAAAAUUCACGGAUUUAAUUUCCGAAAUAGCUUGAGCUUGGAUCGGGUUGUUGAAGUGCGUUGUGGUCAACAGACAAGAAACUUCGUGAAGUUCCCUUACACCGAGGUUGAGCACCAGUCUUUCUCGCUCAUAUUUGAGAAGGAACAAGGUGAAUGGGGACAACUUUGCUCACUGGAUCUUAUCUGCGACUCCCCAAAGGCUUUCGUCAAGUGGAAAAACGCGCUGGAAGAGAUCAUCUAUGGCGAGGACUCGCGCCUUAACAGACAAAGAUACAUAGCCGUGGACCCUGUUAUACUCUGGCUAAAGCGACAUUGGUCAAUCUUAGUCGCACGUCACGCCAAAAGUAUAACCACUGACCAGGUGUUUACAUUUGCGAAUCAUUGCUGGCCUGAAGGAAGGGGAAAGCGAAGACAACUCAAGACACACAUCCGGAAUGUUCUCGAGACCCAGUGCGGUAUGAAUCACGAGGAGAGGCUGGUCUUCAACUCCUUUCUCAUGCUCUUCGACAGCUUAAAUGAGCAGGCUCGCUUGCUGAGUGUGUACGCGACAUACGCUCGCAGCUAUCCUCAUCUCGGCCUUUCACCCGAAGAGUUCCAGGCGUUCCUCGCCAAAGAGCAAAAGGAAUCGUUAAGUCUAGCGAUGUGCGCAAAGCUCAUCUACGCACACGACAAGCUUCACACCAUGUUUAAGCGCAAAUGCGCCGGUAAUGACCCUGAUGCCUUCAAACGUAGCAAACACUUCCUGUCGCUUCAUGGAUUUAUCAGUUUUCUGAGGAGCCAGGAUAACUCAAUCGUGAAACCAGAGCAUAACAAAGUCUACCAGGAUAUGGACCAGCCCUUGUCUGACUAUUUCAUCAACUCUUCCCACAACACUUACCUGACAGGCCACCAGCUGAAGGGGCUGUCUAGCCUUGAGGCGUAUGUCCGUGCCUUGCUACAAGGGUGCCGCUGUAUUGAACUGGAUAUCUGGGACGGCCCAGACGAACCGAUAAUAACACACGGAAGGACGCUGACCUCGAAGAUUCGAUUCCGAGAUGUCGUGCAGAUUAUCAAGGAGUACGCAUUUGAAGUUUCUGAAUACCCUUUAAUACUUUCGCUGGAGAAUCAUUGUAAUAUACAACAGCAGGCACAGAUGGCUGAGAUUUUCCUGAAAGAUUUCGGUGACAUGCUGGUUACACAGGAUUUCUGCCGAGGAAAUGUUCUCCCAUCGCCCAACGCGCUCAAGCGUAGGAUUAUCCUCAAGGGGAAGAUACGAAUCAAGAAAAAGAUCAAGCGAGCGCCACCAGGAGUCUGGAGCCCGCAAGGGGCUUCUACCAAACAAAGAAAGCAAGCCAAAUGGUCAGUGUCCGAUUACAAGUUGUCUAAUGUAGACUCCACCCCGUCGCUGCAUUCUCUGAACUCGCCCAACGAGCUGUCUAACGUUCCAAGCAAUCUCCAACAAGAAGAACAACUGAAUGUGGUCCCGCUUGAAGACGCGAUGGACCAGCUUAUCGUUUACUGCCGUGCGGUGCCGUACAGAAAAAGAGACGCAACCGAUAACUGCUGUGAGAUGUACUCAUUCAACGACUCCAGCGCUGCUGACCUUAUAACAGCCAGACCAAGAGAUAUGGUUCAUCUGUGCAGGAAGCAUCUGGUCAGGGUAUACCCCAAAGGAUCACGGGUUGACUCGUCUAACUACGACCCACAGGCCGCAUGGAAUGCCGGGAUGCAGAUGGUAUCGCUAAACUUCCAGAAACCUGAUUUUGCCAUGCACUUGAAUCAAGGGAAGUUCAGAAUAAAUGGUGGAUGCGGAUAUGUUCUAAAACCAGAAACACUCCGUACAUUCCAAGCUCGUUCUAAUAAUUAUUACCCGAUGAUAAAAGAGUCACCACCCGGAGGAAAAUCCUGUUAUUUCACUAUAGAGGUUUUAUCGGGUCAGUAUCUUCACAUCGAGGACGGGUGUCCGCUCCCCGUGAGGGUUGAGAUUGACACUGUUGGGAUACCUGUGGACUGCGGCACAUUCGCGACAGAAAUUCGUUUCGAGAAGCUAAAUCCCCAGUGGAACAAUGCGAAACACCAAUUCAAACUUGCGAUGCCAGAAUUGUGCCUGGUGUACUUCAAGGUUUUGAGCGUACAGAGAAACAAGUCAAAACUCUUAUUCCAAAAUGUCAUCUCGUUAGAGAGUAUCCGAGAAGGUGUUCGUUACGUGCCAUUUAGGACCCCUACUGGGGUUCUAGUGUCGCACAGCGGUCUCUUUGUGAAGAUCCGAGUCAAGGAGUUCGCACAAGCAUCGUGGAAAGUGAAAGGAACGUCGAGGGAGAGACUGCUGACCAUGUAAACAACGUGCCACUAAAAUUACCUUUAAAAGAAAAAGUCGACAACAACGCAAAGUUUUUUUUAACGAUAUUUUGACAGAAAAAUACAGUGGCAUGUUAUACAGCUAGUAUAUGUACAAAGUUUAUUGAUGAUUAACUAACAAAAGAAAAAAAUCAGUGGAUGAUGGUAAAUAGGAUGUAGAUUACUUAACCGUUUCUUCACGCCGUUGAGCCCACCGGAGUCAAGAGUGCCAGCGCGAGCUAUUAGUGUGGCUUCUCUUGCUUUGCGGAUGGAGUCGCGCUUACUUGUAAUUUUUUCAAUAGGUAUGAGCUCUAUGUCAGAAGCGGAGUGGUUAGGUUUUAGAAAGUGUUCAGCGGCGUGAGCUGGUAUUCGAGAUUGCAAGUCUACAGUUCUGCGUUGGUCAUUAAAGCGUUCUUUUAAUUUGC